GCCGUAAAGCACACCCGCCGCCCUCGCUCUCGAGCUGCUGCUGCGCUCUCCAGUGCGUUCUGCAGAAAGCAAGACUGUCGACUAAUAGAAAAUGAUGAAAAAGAUUGAAUUAUUUUCGAAUGACAGCCCAAUGAACCCUGAAGACAAAUGAGUAAAAUCAAUAAAAACGUGAUUUUGGCUCUUUUAACUCUGACAAGUUCAAUGUUUCUGCUAUUUCAGUUAUACUACUACAAGCACUAUUUAUCUCCAAAGAAUGGAGCUGGUUUGUCAGGAGCCAAAGGAAGUAAAGUUGGACACAAUAAUGUACAGUGGCGUGCAAUUAAGAAAUUUCUUAAGCUAGUAUCAAACCAAGAUAUGCCAGUGUUUCUUAUUGAUCCUUUGGUUCUGGAAGUGAUUAAUAAAGAUUUUGAACAAGUUAAAAACUCUUCUUAUGGUAGUGUCUCAGAAUGCAAGUAUUUAUGUGUGAAAAGAGACUUUACUACAUUUGCACUACUGGACCAUCUAUUGAAAAAUGAGGAGAACUGGUUUCAAAUAGCUGAGAGAAUGGGAUUCCAGUGCCUAAAAAUUCAGAGCAAAGAUCCCCGCCUAGAUGGAAUAGAUUACCUCUCAGGAACUGAUAUCCCCCUGCACUAUAUCCUCAAACUAGCAACUCAUGCCAUUCAUCUGGUGAUCUUCUAUGAAAGAAGUGGCAACUACCUCUGGCAUGGACAGUUACGACUUAAAGGACAUUCAGACAGAAAGUUUGUGCCUUUUCGGAAGUUACAGUAUGGUCGUUAUCCAGGAGCUUUUGACAGGCCAGAGUUACUACAAGUUUCUGUUGAUGGACUUGAAGUACAGAUUCCAAAGGACCUUAACAGCUUUCUACAGGAAGUAUCACACUCUAGGUUUAUUGAAUGUAGGUUUAAAGAAGCUCGCUCUUUCUUUCAGAAGUACCAUGAUGACAUCUCUGUGGAGGCAGUGCUGUUUCAGAAGAGUGCAAAAAUAUUGUUACACCUGGCAGCUGCAGUAUUAAAGGAUUUGGGAGUCCAAUUUUGGCUCAGCAGUGGAACCUGUCUUGGCUGGUAUCGGCAGUGCAAUAUUAUUCCUUACAGCAAAGAUGUGGAUUUGGGGAUUUUUAUACAAGAUUAUACAUCAGAUAUAAUUACAGCUUUUCAGAAUGUAGGAUUUUCACUAAAACACAAGUUUGGAAAGGUAGAAGACAGUUUGGAGCUAUCUUUCCUUGGAAAAGAUGAUGUGAAACUUGACAUUUUUUUCUUCUAUGAAGAGACUGAUCACAUGUGGAAUGGAGGCACUCAGGCCAAAUCAGGGAAAAAAUUUAAGUACCUGUUUCCUAAAUUUACACUCUGUUGGGCUGAAUUUGUAGAAAUAAAGGUCCGUGUGCCCUGUGAAACUAUCAACUACAUUGAAGCCAACUAUGGCAAGACCUGGAUGAUUCCUGUGAAGACCUGGGACUGGAAGAGCUCCCCACCUAAUGUGCAGCCCAAUGGGGUCUGGCCUGUUGCUGAAUGGGAUGAUGUUAUUCAGCUAUACUAAGCCAUUGAACUUACUAAACAAGAUAUUUCUCCUUGUCAAAGUUCUUAAAUUUAAAAAUUUUAUGUUAUAAAAAUUACUGAGUUUUUGUCAAAUGUUCUUACUUAAAUAGAAGGAGGAAAAAAAGGUUCAGAUGAACAAAAGUAUUUUUCAAACCACCCCAGAUCUGUAGCCGGCUGACUUGGUGUCUAUUUCUUAUCAUCUCUUUAGAUCUAUUCUUUAAGCUUAAAGGAUCAGAGAUAGUGAUCAGGAAGUAAAAUUUUUAGGUGUUAUAAAGUAACAAGCAUUGGACAGCUACAUCUCAGGAGCAAUGUGGUAUGAGACAUAUUCAGACCAAAAGAAGCCAAAAGCUUGUUCCUAGCCCUGUAGAUUAGGUACCUUCAUAGAUGUCCAACUUCAUGUUUUUAAAACGUUAGGUGGUUGUGUGGUGACUAAGGUUAGUGUAAAUAAUAUAGGGAUAUCACCCUCUUUACUCUCCAACUAUUCAGCUACAAGAUAAAAAGGAGAUCAGAUCACUGACCUUGACUGAAAAUAGGCAUGUUAUCCACCAAGUCCAGUUUCCUUAGUUUAGUGUCUAAUUUUCUAAAUGAAGGAAACAUAAGAACUGUUAUUUAUAUUUUUAAAAACUAUGAUCAAUCCAGUGCUGAUAAUCCUCAAAAACACCUUUAAUUUUUAAGUACACUUCCAUUUGUCUGUGACUGUUUCUUACAAUUUUGGAGUACAGUUCAGUUAAAAUUGAAUGAAAGUGGAUUCAUGUACUAGUUAAUCAGUCCCUUUCUCCUCCAUCUCUUAGUUUAGUAGUUUUCUAGCUUUCAGUUAAAAGCUCUAGUUUCUGAUUAUAUUUCAUCAUUUUUAGAUGUUUUCUUUUUUAUCUAGUCAUAAAUUAUGCAUAUUGUCUGUUCUUUACUGAUCUUCCAGGAGGAGCCUGUCACUUUUAUGCCAGUCAUCUAGAUGUUCAGGUCCCAGUUUUCCCCCAUUCAUUGUGUUUCCCCACAAUGACCUGACAACUCUUCUUCUGUUCCCAGGAUGUCUCACUCUAUCCAUCAUAUUGCUGAAGCUAACUCUCCUGAUCUACGAGAUCAUACUUAGCCACACUAAGUUGCUAAGUGGCUUAAACCCAUACUUAGCUAAAACCAGAAAUAAUAGGAGAUUUGGAUGGAAGAGUUGUUCUUUACCUAAGUUGUUUAAUUAUCUAGACUUUUUUGUUGGUGAUAUUGGUUUUUAAGUCCAACAUCUCUGCUAAUUCUAUUAGUGUCAGUAGUUGAAAAUUGAUUGUAUUAGUUCCAACUUGUAUCCUCAAACCAGUUUUUACAUUCCUUACAUUUGCUUCAUGCCCUCACCCUUGCCUUCCUCACAAAUAAUUGGCAGGUAGGUACAUAGGUUUAUAAGAAGCAGAGAGGAAAAGAAAAAGAAGAAGUGGGAGAGGGAGAAGAGGAAAGAGAGGAAGAUUUCCCCCUUGGCUUUCUCCCCCUCCCUAAUCCAUCCAAUUUUAUCGAGAUAAACUAAGGGACAGUCAGACUACAACACGAGACUGAAAUCCCAAUUUAAUAGUAUUUUCCUAAGUCAGAAUCAGUAAUUCAGUUGGUAAUGCUUCUGGCAAGGGACCAGCCCCAAGUAGAAAGCAUGGGUUUUCAGAGGUGGCCCAUUUUUGCUUUGGUCAUAUCUUUUUUUCCAGAGUUUUUGCUAAGAUUAUCCUCUCUUUGUGCAAUGUAAAUUGAUCAAGUUAUCCCAGUUGAUAACUAGUUCUGUAACUGCUUUCAUGAGUAGUAAAAAGUUUUGUCAUUUCUAACAUGAAAGAAUUUACAGUCUUACCUUAAAAAAGGGGGGGGGGCUUUAGACUCUCCAUAUAACUAAUUCAGAGGCUGGUUAAUAUUUAAUUAUAUUUUCUUUUCUGACAGCCUCACAACCAAAAGAUAACAGUUCUAGCCAUGCAGUGAAAUACUUACCUUUUGUCAUGUAAGUGACCCAAUAUUUCCCUAUUAGAACUAGAUAAAAAGUGAAAUGUUUAAAUACAGACACACACAUGUAUAUAUUUAGAAUGAAGUAGGGUUUUUAACCAUGUACAGAAUUCAUUGUUUAUUUACUAAUUAUUUCAUUUUGUUAUAAAGUCUGGAUAUUCUAUUGUAUUAAUGAAAUUGAUGUUUAUUUCUACUGAAAACAUUAUAUUGUGGU